AUGCCAUUUGUAUUCUCAGCCCUAGUGGCCUCACUGGCUCUGUUCGGCCCGACAUUGGCUCAGAGUGUUGAUGGCUCGAAGUACAACAACCCAACCGCCGGACCUCCCUCGAGCUUCUUCGCUGCCGCUACCUCAAUUCCCGUUGCUGCCCUGCAAAGCGCUGCCGCAAAUGCUGACACGGCCGCGAAGGAUGCAACCUAUCCUGUCGACUACAACGAUGGUGCUGCAAAGGUUACUAUUCAUAGUGACUGGUCUAACUUCGAUGAGGGUGCUGCCUUUGUUUGGGUUGCUGAUAUGGAUGUGGAUUGCGAUGGCAUCGACUACCUGUGCAGGGGCAAUCAAGAUGGACAGCCUCAGACCAACUUCGGUGCUCUAGCUGCGUACGAGGUCCCCUGGAUCGUGAUCCCCAACAAGUUCGCCACUACUUACCAGAGUGUCCUCCCUGGAAACAACAUCGGUGCCGUUAUCUGCGACGGAAAUAUGUUCUACGGAAUCUACGGCGAUUCCAAUGGGGGCACUCCCGAGGUUAUCGGAGAAGCUUCGUGGCUUAUGGCUCGCACCUGCUUCCCCAACGAUGACUUGAAUGGAAACGAUGGCCAUGAUGGUGUUGAUGUGACAUAUAUCCUGUUCACGGGUAAUGACGCCGUACUCCCGAGUAGCGCUCUCAACAAUAACUAUAUAACCAACUUCAGCACUCUGCAGUCUAUGGGCGACAGCUUGAUGGCAGCCCUUGCGAAUAACUUGAACCUUUCUGGAGGCUCUGGGAGUCCUACCACUACGUUGAUUACGAAGACUACUACUAGUUCUUCGCCUACAACUACCUGUUCUUGGCCUGGGCAUUGCGCCGGCGCCUCUUGCUCUACGGAAAAUGACUGCUCUGGUGAUUUGAUUUGCACGAGUGGGAAAUGUGCCAGCCCUUGA